CAUGAGCGUAAAUGUGUGAUUGCAGAUCGAGAGGCGCAUGGAGCUGGUCCGUCUGGUGUCCCACAACGCACACAAGAGACUGGUCACCUGUCUACAGGGUCACAUCGGAACGGAGGCAGAAAAGAGACACAAAAAGCUCCCUCUGACAGCGCUGUCCCAGGCCAUGCAGGAUGGAGGAAGCCAGCUGGGGGAGGAGUCACUGAUUGGUAAGAUGAUGGAUGUGUGUGGGGAGGCAGAGAGCAGACUAGCGUCUGAGCUGAUGCAACACGAGGUCCAGCUAGAGAGAGACAUCCUGGAACCUCUCAACCAGCUAGCAGAGGUGGACAUUCCCAACAUCCUGAGACAGAGGAAACAGCUAGCUAAGCUAGUCCUAGACUAUGACUCAGCCAGAGCCAGGUGGUUGCAGGCAAGCAAGUCUAUUCACUUUUCCACCAACUACCAGGCCACGGCCGCCAAGGUUGAGACUCUCAAAGACGAGAUGGACGAGGCCCUGAACAAAGUGGAGAUGUGUAAGGUACUGUAGGUAGUAUUCAUAAGUC